UAUCCACCAUCAAUAUAGAGCACAAGUUUGAUGAACAACCGGUCGUUCCAGCGGAAAUUAAAGGACGCAAACUUGGCUAACCGGUUGCACCGGUAGCUCAACCGGUGAAUUUAAGAAUAUACCUUAUGGUAGUACGAAACGUCAAAAGUCAAAACAUUCUUUUAAAACACGUGUACCUAAAAAUAGUCAUCGCUCAAUAUCAUUUUUAACAUAAAAAAUGGGAAAGUUUCGAAGUAAACUAAAAGGACAAACUAAAGGAAAAAGGUGGCCCAAAGGGCAAAGCUCUAGCUCUAAUCCUGAAACAAGAAAGUACAGGGAUUUGGCGAAAUCACGAUUUUUCCAGGAAAAUUUAGGUCCGAGUGGUUUGACGCUAGACGCUUUGAAAAAGCAUGAUGCAGUGCAAGCCUACAAAUGUGAAAAAGCGGAAUCUAUCAAGAUGGAUGAAAAUAUUGAGAUUUAUGCUGCCUCAUCAAGUGGAACACAGACUUUUAUGUCAAUGAAAUCAUUUGCAUCAGAAUGGUCAGACUGCAGCAACAUAUCCUUCAAUAGAUUCCUCAAUGUAUUUCAAUCUGAUUCUGCACUACACAAGGAAAUGCUGGCAAUUUUAGCUGCAAUUGCAGAGGUUAUCAAGCAAAAUGGAGGUACAGAAUCGUCUACAGAAUAUUUUUGUGCAUUGAUAUCUACGCUAGAGCAGCUCUACAAUAUAGAAGAAAGAAACGAAACCCAAGUAACUGCAGUGAUGUCUCUAUUAAACAUGGGUAUCAAAUCAGUACCAGCUGGAGUUUUAACAGCUAAGUUCAAUGAUGUUACAAUGAAAAUGCUGCACAUUUUAAAGGAUUACUCAGACUCUGAUAAUAAUAUAAUUAUUAAGUCAACCUUAGGAGUCUUGGCAGAGCUGUUAAAAACACAAGAACUAGCAACUUGGAGUCAUGAUUCUACUGUCCAGAUUUUCAGUGCAAUUGUAAAUCCUUUUAGUAUCCAUUCAAAACCUAAAUGGAGAAAAGCAGCUCAGCAUGCAGUAUCAACUGUGAUAAAUGCAAGUCCAUUCUCUAGAGCAGGAUCCAAUCCACCAGCAGAUAAAGCAGCUGAAUUUUGUGAACAGACAUUAGAGGCCUGUAUGGGCGGGAACUCAGAGAAUGUUCUUGUAUCUUCAGUUCAAGCAGGUCAGACGACGAUUCUUCAUACGUUGGGAUUGAUGAAGGAUAUAAUUACAAAGUUCUCCAAAUCUCACAUCAAGGCUUGCUGUGAGACCAUUCUACGACUCAUGACACUGAAUUACCCAAUAGUAACUUCAUGCGGUUUGCAAGUACUUCAUUCAUUAUUUUCAUCACAAACAGCAGUUGUUCCUGCUAAGCUGAAUGCACAGUUGAUUUCUGCUUUGUACGAGUACCAACCCUCCACUUCGGAUGUCCAGCCAACCUUAGCAUGGGUUGCUGUCAUGCAACAAGCACAUAUUCAUUUGACAGAUGUUGAUAAAGGCAUUGCAAGUUCAGCGUUACCCAAAAUCAUCGAGACACUCACAGAACUAUGGCUGUCUGAAAAAUCUGAGGUGAUGACUUGCGCUACACAUGCACUGGAUGUUCUGUUGAAGGAUGCUUUGGCAUCGCUAUGUGAAACAAAUCAGUUGGUAGAACAGUACAAGUCAAAGAUCGAGAAAUGCAUACACAUCAUUCAGCUAGGGCUGGGUUACCAAUACAAUACUGUCUGGCAUCAAGUAUUGUACAUUAUUAAAAUUUUAUUUGAGGUGACUGGAGCUACCUGUAGCCAUUUAUUGUUGGAUAUGCUGAAAUCCUUAGCAGAACUCAGAGAUUCAUAUAAAUUUAGUUACAAUAGUGAAUUGGAAUAUGCUGUGGGAGCUGCCAUACGCUAUAUGGGACCAGAAGCUGUGUUGGGUGUUAUUUCUUUAAAGAAACCAAAUGGUGAACUGAACAUAGAUAGAUCCUGGUUGUUGCCAGUCCUUAAGGAAAAUAUAAAAUGCUCUACACUCGACUAUUAUGUGAAAGGGAUUUUGCCACUGGCAUUGUUUUGUCAGAGAAAAUCGGCAGAACUGGCUCAAGUAAACGACGGCAUCGGAGCUCAUAGUUCCGAAUUAUUGUAUUUACAACUUUGGAAUUUACUACCUUGUUUUUGUAACCAUCCGACCGACAUUGAGGAAAACUUCAAAUCUAUAGCUAAGAUUCUGGGUACUGCUAUCUCUGAUAAGAAGGAAUUGCGACUGGCAGUAAUGGCAGCAUUGAGAAAGCUUAUUAUAAGUGCAAAAUAUAGUGGCAAUGAAGGGGAUACCAAGGAGUUGAGCAGAUUCGAUAAAAAUUACCUCCCUAUAUUAUUUAAUGUGUACUCAACAAAGCCUAUUGGUACAGAUGAAGAAAGUCAAAGAUUAGCCGCCUUUGAUACGAUUAAGCUAUAUUUAACAAUCGCAAGGCCCGAACUGACACAACAACUGUUUAGUCACGCGAUAGAGAAGCUGAACGCCCCUUCUGAUGAGCCUGAAGAUCACUACAUAAAAGAGAGUAUUUUGGAUCUGAUUAGAGCUUUAGUAUCUUACCAAAACAAAGAAAAUGUAGAAUUGCUUUAUGAUCAAUGUAUAAAGUUGCUACCCGAUAUAAAGAGCAAUAAAGAACAGAAAAAGGCUUAUAGGUUAUUGGAGGAGAUCUGUGCCAGCGAAUCAGAGAGUUGUAAGGUGUUCGUGAAGAGUCACCGAAAAGAGGUACAAAGGAUGCUUAUGAAAUCCCUUGACACAGCGGUUACGUCAAGCAAAGGUGCGAGACUGCGUUGUUUGAACUACCUUAUCAAAGCUCAGCCACAACUAGACCAUGACAGCAAAUUGAUCAAGUCUGUGAUACCGGAAGCCACGCUGUGUUGCAAGGACAUCAAUCAGAAGUGUCGCCAGACAGCCUACGAGCUACUAAAUGCUGUCGGUAACACAUUAAUGGCACAUGACAGUAUGAGGGAAUUCGUCGGUUUGGUCAUUGGAGGAUUGGCUGGAACGCCGCAUAUGAUGAGCUGUACAGUUUUGGCAAUGGCUUCAAUUCUGCACAACUUUUCGGGUGCUUUAGGUAUGGAUAAUAUAAAAUUUAUGUUGGAGAACAUUUCUACUCUUACCUCGUCAGCUACUAGAGAAAUCGUGGGAUCAUGUUUGAGUUUUCUGAAGGUAUACAUAACUACUCUACCUUCUCCAAUGGUAGCAAGUUCUCUAGAAAUACUGAUGGAAGCUCUGACUAGCAUGACGGACGAUUGUAAAAGACAUUUUAGGAUUAAAACAAGAGACAUUUUAGAUCGACUAGUAAGGAAAUACGGUUGCGAAGCCCUAACGCCUCACGUACCGAUGAGCGACACUGUCAUGUACAAGCGGCUGAGGAACCUUAGAAAAUUAAAUUCUCGCAAGAAGAGAAGGAAUCAACAAGAGAAAGAAGCUGAAGAGUCUAGUGAAGAUGAAGACUUUACUGUUAAAGCAAAACCGAAGAGUGUGGAAGAUAUACUGGCAGAUUCUGAUUCAGAGUUUGAUGAGAUGGAGACAGAUGAACCAAAAAUUAAAAAUAGGAAACAACCUAGCACAUGGAUUGAAGAAGAACCAGAAAACAUUAUUGAUUUCACUGAUCCUACAAUUAGCAGUAAAAUUACAGCUACCAAGCCUGGCCAGGCUCCUCAACCACUUGCAGAAAAGAAAAAGAAAGAAAAAGAUAGAGGAUUCAAAACAGCCUCGGAUGGAAGAUUGAUUAUAAAAGACGACUCUUCUGACAGUGAGUCCGAUGUCAAGAAAAACAAAUUGAACUUUGAUUCUGACACAGAGUCUGGGGAUGAUAAUAUAAGUAAGGCGGAAACAGUUCUCUUGACAGAUAGAAAAAGGAAGAGAAGCUCUGCUAGCAGUGUAAAAAGUGGAAUGAGUUCUGCUAGUCAACCCCCGAUGAAGUACAGGACUGGAGGUAUUGGUAUUCAUAGGUAAGAUAAGAAUCAAGCUUCUCUAAAAUAAAAACCCAACUCAAGAACCUCCAACAUUUUUUCAUAAAAUACUGUGUUCUUUAUAUUUUUUAAUGACAACCUACAUAAUUAGCCUGAAUUGACGUUCGUAUCGAAUAUAAGAAACCAUGUUUGUAAAAAGGUAAUUAGGAUGUGCAAAAUCUUCGUAUCGACGUUAACUGGAUUAAUUUUUAGACCUGUAGGUGCAUCGACGUCUUCCGUACAUAGUGGAUACAGCUGUGUAGGUUCAGAUUACAAAGCCAAGAAAGCUAAAGGCGAUGUGAAAAAGAAGGGAAAACCAGACCCAUAUGCUUAUCUACCAUUGAAGCGAUCUACAUUGAAUAAAAGGAAAAGAAGUAAGGUUGCUGGUCAGUUCAAAAAUAUAGUGAAGGCGGCCAAAAAGGGGGCAUUAAAAGGUGCUAAAGUGAAGAAAAAUAAAAAUAAGAAAUAACGUGUUAAUAGUCUUUAUAUUAAAAAACUAGUUGUGAGAUGUUUUUUCUUUAUUAUUGGUAGUAUAUAAUUACAACUAUCAUUAUAACAAGUACGGAAAACAAUUAAAAUAUUUAUUCAAAAUAUACUGUUUUCAAAUGAUUUUCAACUGUCUUCAACAUUGUCUUCUAAAAUCUAUAAUAAAAAAAUCACAUUUUGCCUGAAAUCAGAAUUCAUGACAGCGUAGAAAUUAUAUGAAUAGCCGAAGUAAAAAUAUAAUACAUCUGAAACAUCAAUAUAAAAAAC